CCACUCUUUGUUUAUCCCUUCCUCCGCCAUCCCCUCCCUCUCCCCUCAACCCAGCGCUCCCUCCCGCCGCCGCUAGGGUUUCUCCUCCCCUCGCCGCCUCCCCCCAAAUCUCCCCACCGCAGCUUCUAGAGCCUCGCACGGCCCCUCCGCAGCAGCCAUGAGCGACGGCAAGGACUCCCUCGACCUCUCCGGCCUCGGCGCCGCCGUCCCCAACUCGAACGAGCUCAGCGCGGAGGAUAAGGCUAACCUCGUGGCCUCGAUCAAGAACACGCUCGAGGGAUUGGCGUCGCGGCAUAUGGACGUGCUCGAAGGCCUCGAGCCCAAGGUCAGGAAGCGUGUCGAGAAGCUCAGGGAGAUCCAGGGACAACACGAUGAACUUGAGGCAAAGUUUUUCGAGGAGAGAGCUGCACUUGAAGCUAAGUAUCAGAAGUUGUACGAACCACUUUACUCAAAGCGUUACGAAAUUGUCAAUGGCGUGAUCGAGGUUGAGGGUAUCACAGAAAGUGCAGAUGAAACCCCUGCAGAGCACAAAAGUGGAGAUGAAACCCCUGCUGAGCAAAAAGAAGAAAAAGGUGUGCCAGCUUUCUGGCUUAAUGCAAUGAAGAACCAUGAAAUCCUGGCUGAGGAGAUCCAGGAGAGGGAUGAGGAAGCUCUCAAGUACCUUAAGGACAUCAAGUGGUACAGGAUCAGCGAACCUAAGGGUUUUAAGCUUGAGUUUCACUUUGAUACAAAUCCAUUCUUCAAGAAUUCAGUGCUUACAAAAACAUAUCACAUGAUUGAUGAGGAUGAACCGAUUCUAGAGAAAGCCAUUGGUACUGAAAUUGAAUGGUACCCUGGGAAGUGCUUGACACAAAAGGUUCUAAAAAAGAAGCCGAGGAAGGGGUCAAAGAACACUAAACCUAUCACAAAAACUGAAGACUGCGAAAGCUUCUUCAACUUCUUCAGUCCACCUCAAGUCCCUGAUGAUGAUGAGGAAAUUGAUGAGGAUACAGCUGAACAGUUGCAGAACCAAAUGGAGCAAGAUUAUGAUAUCGGAUCUACCAUCAGAGACAAGAUUAUACCACAUGCUGUCUCAUGGUUCACUGGAGAGGCUGCUCAAGAUGAUGACUUCGAAGGCCUUAUAGAUGGUGAUGAGGAGGAUGAGGAAGAAGACGACGAAGACGAAGAUGAAGAGGACGAGGAAAGUGAAGACGAUAAUGAUACAAAGAAGACUAAGGGAGCUGCCGGAGGGGAUGGGCAGCAGGGUGAACGACCUGCGGAAUGCAAGCAGCAGUGAGGUGCUGCACAUUGAAUUUCUGCAUACAGUGGGUUCUGGAAUGAUGAAAGUUCGGUGCUGCUUGAUGCAAUGUCAUUGAGUUGGUUUUGUGGAGCCCUUGGGGGGCGUGUGUUGGUUUUGUGGAAUCGGUGGGGGGAUUUUUCUGGGACAUGGUAUCAUUAUCAUAUGUUGGUAGUUUUGUCACUUGAUGUAUUGGGUUUCAGAUAUUAUGUGCUCUGCUUUUGCUUUGAGUGAUCAUUGUUGCCAGUCUGGUAUUUCGUAUUGCACAUACCGCUGGCGUAGCGUGCUGUACAUUCAUGAAGCGUGUUGCGGAGAAAUUUUGCCCUAGGGGAAGCUGGAAAUUCUACUUUUACCCGACUA